AUGUCCUCGCAAGAAUUAUCCACUAAACACCAAUUAUCCUUGACAUCGCUGAAAGGUAUUAGGGACAAGGAUGUGGUUAAAGGUGAUAUAAUAAAAUCAAAUCCUUACUUCCGUCAGCACAGCACAUACCGCAGUGAUCACAAUACUAUAUUACCUACCAGUGUUUAUAAUCAGAACGCCAGAGUGAUAAAUCGUUUACGACAGAAGAAUCAUACAGGAGCUAAUGUUCAUCAAUUAAUUCCGGCUAAUUCGAACUUUCAGUACUUUCGAAUACCAGGUCAUCCAAUGACAUGGUCAUCACCCGAUCUACAAGUGACACGACUGCACGCAGCAAAUUCAUUCCAACCAUUCAUUCCUGCUGCCAGUAAUGCUACCAGGUCGAUAUCAAACGCUCAUUUUUCACGACUUACUCCUUCACAAGUCCUGUUUAUUCCACCCUCAAACGCAGUCCUGUCUCAGGCUCAAUCUCAAACCAUGCUUUCACCACUUUCCUCCACCAUUGCUGGUAUAGAAAAUUUGCAUGCAUUUGGUGCUAGUGUUGCAUCAUUUCUGUCUUCACGUGAUAUGGUGGAGAGUUUUGCGAAAUUUGCACAAAAUUUACUCAGAUUAUCAACUUCAAAUCAGCCUGAUAAAAUUUUGCCAUCAUUGACGUCAGCGGUAAUUGGCACGAAAUCCUUUAUUAUACCAAGUAAUGGCGACACUGCAGCAUCAAAUGGGACACCGUCUAGUAUAUUCAACUUUCAACAGGUUUUUACCGAAUUAGCAAAAAAAGAUUUCCCGAUUAGAGAUAUUGGAAAUGGUACGUUCUAUGAAAACGAAACCGAAAUUUUUUUGAAUACUCUGCCAGAAGAGCAGCGAUCUCUUCUGCAAGCGGCAAUUCAAACCGGAGAACUUGACACACAUACCUUACGAUCCACCAUUGGAAAUAUCGGUAAUAAAAGGAAGCAAAAUGAAGGAAAGCUUCUGGAAUGGAUACAGGAAAAUCGAAAGAGAACUGCGGAUGAAGUACCUGUUUCAACUGUUAAAUUACCAUACUAUGGCCAAUAUUGUGGCAGUUUUGUUGGUCAAACCGUCGAGAGCAGUCGCUUCAAUGCGGCGGGUGCACUGUGGGCAGUUGACAACCGAAGAUUUAUUGUUUCAAAAUUUCACUUUAAUCCUGGAACCUCGCUGAUUGAAAAUGUAACCUUCUGGGUUGGCCCAUAUGAGCGAACUAGUAAUAGUGUAACCGACAUGACUCCUAACGCUAAUGGCUUCUACUUAAAACCCGAACCUAUCAAUUUCACCACCUUUUACAAACCAGAUAUUCAGAUUGUGGAGGCACGUACUCGUUCAACGUCAACCUUACGCAUUGAGCGAAAUAAUUUUCAUACUGAAUUAUCUGAUAAGGAUACGGUCCAAAUAUUUGAUAGAUAUAUGGAAACUAAAGAAAACGAUAACAAUUCUGGAACCAAAGAAAUUAUUAAUGCACGAAGUGCGUCAAAUAAAGAUAACAAUAUGGAAGCGCUUGGAUGGUAUGCUGGCUUUCAGCCACUUUUAUUAACUUUACCGGAUAACAAAGGGAUCAAAACGAUUAAUUGGUUCGCUUUAUGGGAUCACAAAAGACAAAGCGUUAUUGCAUAUGUAUUGAUUCCAAAUGGACCAGCAUUUAAAAUACCAGCAGUUGUUCAACUUCGAGGUCUAACCCCCAAUAAUCCAUAUAAUGUAAAAUCGGGAUAUAUCAAGAUUCUCGACACAAAAACCAUUGAAAUAAACAAAUUUUACUAUAGAAGUAAUGGUUUAGCAGCUUGGUUUGUUGUUGGUAAGGAUAUUCUACCAAACAGCAAUGGCAAUAUAGUACCAAUUUAUGAUAGAGUAAAUAAUAUCUUUGACUGUGAUUCACUUAGUGAUUACAUGAACGAAACGAUAAUACUAAAGCUUCCGGGACAUUUGGACAUCAAAGAUGUCUUUUGGUUUUCUGUUUUUUCUAUGGAACGAAGUUUAUCGUUAUCACAUCUUUAUUUUCCAUAUAACGACAUGCAUUUACCUCCUGAUUUAACCGACAUAUCAGUAAGAUGA